AUGAAGCUACAGGAUGAACUUGACAGUGCUUAUUCGUUAUGUUUUACACCUGAUGGACACUGUUUAUAUGCUGGUUAUAAAAAUGUAAUUCGAAAAUUCGAUGUUAAUCGUCCUGGAUGUCAAAUCUCUGAGUUAGUUACAUGGAAAAAGGAAACACGAGGACAGAAAGGGAUUAUAUCAGCUCUUGCUGUGAAUCCUGUAUUACCAUCGAAUUAUGCGGCUGGAUCAUACAAUAGAUCAGGCAAAGUUUUCAAAUUCUCAUUAUAAAA